UAUGACGGAGAACAUUACAAACUGUUGUGCAAUGUGCUUAUUGGAUAGAGGAACUGAUUUUUUAGAUUUAUUCAAAGAUACAGAAAAUGGUAGAAUUGUAAACAAAUAUGGGAAAAUGUAUGAAGAUCUUUUAAAUAUCAAGAUCGACAAUCAAUAUAACUUUCCUGAUUUUAUAUGUUCAUCUUGUUCACUUCAACUUCAAUUGUCUAUUAAUUUAAAGCAAAAAGCUUUGGAAUCUUUUUAUAAGAUAGUUUCUUUAAAUGAUCAAAUUUUGAAUGAUAUAAAAAUGGAAAAGAAUUUUAUAGAUAGUUCAAAUUCAAAUGAAAAUGAUUCAUCAGAUUUAGCUGACAAUUCAACUAAUUUAUAUGACAAUACUGUGAUACAAAUGGAUUAUAUAGAAGAAGUAAUAGAUAAAGAGGAUAAUUCCGUGGAUUCAUACUGCAGUAAUAGCAACAAAAAUACGGAGAGUAAUAGUUAUAUAGAUGAUGGAAAUCCAGAAUUUUUAGAUGUUCAGUUCCUUAAAGAAGAAUAUGAAGAUGAACUAGACAAUAGAGAAAAUGAAGAACUAUUAGAAUUUUCAAGCUUUGACACAAACGAAACACGUAUUGAGUCUGAAAACGAGGAAAUUUUUUCUCUAACAGUCAAUGAAAACGAUAUAAAACAUAAAAGCACUUUAAAUAAUAUCAACAAUAGUUUCGUAUUUAACAAUGACCACAAAAUGAAUAACAUAAAAAUUCCAAAUUCAAAAUUAAAAAAUAAUAGCAAAAACACACAAAACAUAAAAAAAAGAACUAAAUUUAUAUGUGAUUUAUGUUCAAGAGUUUCUUAUUCAAAAGAGGCAUUUGAAGUACAUAAGAAAGUCCAUGCUGGUUUACCUGCAUUUAAAUGCGAAAUAUGUGGAAAAAAUUUUAAACAAAAGGUUCACUAUAAUAUACAUAUGAUGAAUCAUACAAACGAAAGAAACUAUGAGUGUAGUGAGUGCGAAAAGAAAUUUAAAACAAAGUCUGAUUUAAGGAUUCAUUUUCAAAUUCACACAGGAGAACGUCGUUAUGUCUGCGAUAUAUGCAAUAAAGCAUACCGCGCACAUUCUCAUAUGAAAAAUCACAGGUACACACAUUUCGAGAAACAAUUGGAAUGCCAAAUCUGUAAGCAAAAGUACAUUUCGCCUGCCACUUUGAAAACUCAUAUUAAAACAAUUCAUGAAAUGACGACACCCCAGCAUGAAUGUGUACAAUGCCAUAAAAAAUUCAAAAGAAAACAUCAUUUACAGGUCCAUUUGAAAACGCAUAAUAAAGAUAAGCAAGGAGAUUUAUUUGAACUUACUUACAUAAAAGAAAUAAGUUGAAGGAGAAGUUUACAAUUUUUUUUAUUAGAUUAAAAUAAUUUUAAAGUAGAUAUAUUAAUUACUGAUGUAGAAGAUUAUUUUUAAUAAAUUAUACGACUAAACUUA